AUGUUAGCCAUUUGGUGGCGCGCUGACCAGUAUAGACGAGCCGUUUCUCGUAGGCGAUCUUCAUCCUCCUCGGGUGGGUCUGUUAUCAGGACUGGGCACACUGAGAGGCCAGAAGCCAGAUCCAGAAAGCCAUUGCAGAGCCAGAGAUCGAAAUACGGGCCAGAAGCCAGAUCCAGAAAGCCAUUGCAGAGCCAGAGAUCGAAAUACAGGCCAGAAGCCAGAUCCAGAAAGCCAUUGCAGAGCCAGAGAUCGAAAUACAGAACAGAAACCAGAUCCAGAAAGCCAUCGCAGAGCCAGAGAUCGAAAUACAGGCCAGAAGCUAGAUCCAGAAAGCCAUUGCAGAGCCAGAGAUCGAAAUACAGAACAGAAACCAGAUCCAGAAAGCCAUCGCAGAGCCAGAGAUCGAAAUACAGGCCAGAAGCCAGAUCCAGAAAGCCAUUGCAGAGCCAGAGAUCGAAAUACAGGCCAGAAGCCAGAUCCAGAAAGCCAUUGCAGAGCCAGAGAUCGAAAUACAGGCCAGAAGCCAGAUCCAGAAAGCCAUUGCAGAGCCAGAGAUCGAAAUACAGAGCAGAACCAGAUCCAGAAAGCCAUUGCAGAGCCAGAGAUCGAAAUACAGGCCAGAAGCCAGAUCCAGAAAGCUAUUGCAGAGCCAGAGAUCGAAAUACAGGCCAGAAGCCAGAUCCAGAAAGCCAUUGCAGAGCCAGAGAUCGAAAUACAGAACAGAAACCAGAUCCAGAAAGCCAUUGCAGAGCCAGAGAUCGAAAUACAGGCCAGAAGCCAGAUCCAGAAAGCCAUUGCAGAGCCAGAGAUCGAAAUACAGGCCAGAAGCCAGAUCCAGAAAGCCAUUGCAGAGCCAGAGAUCGAAAUACAGAGCAGAACCAGAUCCAGAAAGCCAUUGCAGAGCCAGAGAUCGAAAUACAGGCCAGAAGCCAGAUCCAGAAAGCCAUUGCAGAGCCAGAGAUCGAAAUACAGGCCAGAAGCCAGAUCCAGAAAGCCAUUGCAGAGCCAGAUAUCGAAAUACAGAGCAGAACCAGAUCCAGAAAGCCAUUGCAGAGCCAGAGAUCGAAAUACAGGCCAGAAGCCAGAUCCAGAAAGCCAUUGCAGAGCCAGAUAUCGAAAUACAGAGCAGAACCAGAUCCAGAAAGCCAUUGCAGAGCCAGAGAUCGAAAUACAGAACAGAAACCAGAUCCAGAAAGCCAUUGCAGAGCCAGAGAUCGAAAUACAGGCCAGAAGCCAGAUCCAGAAAGCCAUUGCAGAGCCAGAGAUCGAAAUACAGGCCAGAAGCCAGAUCCAGAAAGCCAUUGCAGAGCCAGAGAUCGAAAUACAGGCCAGAAGCCAGAUCCAGAAAGCCAUUGCAGAGCCAGAGAUCGAAAUACAGGCCAGAAGCCAGAUCCAGAAAGCCAUUGCAGAGCCAGAGAUCGAAAUACAGGCCAGAAGCCAGAUCCAGAAAGCCAUUGCAGAGCCAGAGAUCGAAAUACAGGCCAGAAGCCAGAUACAGAAAGCCAUUGCAGAGCCAGAUAUCGAAAUACAGAGCAGAACCAGAUCCAGAAAGCCAUAGCAGAGCCAGAGAUCGAACUACAGAACCAGAAGCCAGAUCCAGAGAGCCACUACAGAACCUACAAACUACAGGAUCACUUACACAGCCAUUCCAGAACCAGGAGAGCCGCAACGUCCAGAAACAUAAAGAAAAAACCGUAA